GGGCGGUUUUUGACGCCUACCUUCUUCCCGAAAAGAUCUCAUUCCAACUCUCUUUCUCUUUCUCUUUCUCUUUCUUAUUCUCUCACACACACCGCAGACUCAGCAUCACUAGUGCUGAAAAAAGUGAUCAAAGAUACCGUCUGCGUUGAAUUCCACAAUGCCUUACUUUCCAUCCAUCUUUCUUUAAUCCCACGCAAUUCAAUUGUCUUCUGGAUUGCUUUACCUUUAUCACCAUUAACACUGCCUUUUAAGUUUCAAUCAUCGCACACACACAAGAACAUUCGAAAGAAUCUUGAGAAUUAAGGGUGUUUCCCAAGAAUUCACUUUUUUUUAAUGUUUUUAGUUGAUUCAUAGAUUGAUAUUCAAGAUUUUUUUGAAGUUGAUGGCUUCGUUUUGAAAGCUUAAAUAGUUAUAGCAUCAUGGUUGAUAUGGUGGCCGGAAAAGGGUCGUCGUCGACGGUGGCUCUAGGGAGGGGCUCUGUCUUCUUUUAUGGCGUCGGUCAUAUGCUCAAUGACAUAACAGCUGCGUGCUGGUUUACUUAUCUUUUGGUUUUCAUGACAGAUAUCGGAUUAUCCCCCAGGAAUGCUGCUAUUGUCAUGCUUUCUGGUCAGAUAGCUGAUGGAUUCACUACCAUUUUUGCUGGCGAACUGAUAGACAGGUUUGGGCAUUUUAAGGUAUGGCAUGCAGGAGGUUCGAUUCUGGUUGCCAUUUCGUUCUCUUCUGUAUUUGGAGGAUGCGUUCCUUGUAUUAUUUUUGGCAAUGAAUCUACUUGGUUGCAAACAAUUGGUUAUAGCUUUUUCGCAGCUGUCUUCAAUGUGGGAUGGGCUGCUACACAAGUCUCACACAUGUCUAUGGUGAAUUGCAUCACCCUUAAUUCGACGAGCAGGGUCGUGCUAACUAGUUGCCGGAACGCGUUUUCAAUGGUUGCCAACCUCAGUUUAUAUGCGGUUGCCUUCUUGGUGUUCCACAUUUGGCCUUCGAAAACCACGGACGAAGUUGAGAAUCAGUAUCGUUGGAUUGCGUACUCAUCAAUAUUCAUUGGAUGCUGCUUCGUGGUUGUGUUUCACAUUGGGACAAAAGAGCCGAGAUUGAAGGAAGACUUUCAUGGGGAGCAUGGUUAUCAAAAGAUAGCAUGGACUUAUUGGUUUAAGAAAGUUCUAUACUAUCAAGUUGCUCUUGUCUAUGUGUUCACUCGGUUAAUAACUAAUGUUUCACAGGCAUUUCUCGCGUUCUAUGUCAUCAACGAUCUAAGAAUGGUCCAAUCUUCUAAAGCAUUGAUUCCGGCCAUGAUCUACAUUUGCAGCUUCAUUGUAUCCAUUCUACUACAGGAGCUCACAUGGACUGGUCAACGCCUGAAAGUCUUCUUUUCGGUUGGAGGUGUUUUGUGGAUACUUUGUGGUUCAGCAAUUUUCUUUAUGCCAAGCAACACGAAGAAGAUGAUGUACUUACUUUCAUUAGUCAUCGGCAUUGCAAAUGCUCUAAUAACGGUUACUGGGGUAAGCAUGCAAAGCUAUCUUGUUGGUGAAGAUGUCAAAGGUUGUGCUUUUGUUUAUGGAUCAUUGAGUUUCCUUGAGAAGAUGUCGUGCGGCUUUGCUUUAUGGGCACUUGAAUCGUAUCAAAACACCUCUCAACCACUAAAGGAAUGCAAUCCUAUAUAUUCAUGUUUUUCGGUUUCAAGAUAUGGAUUCGGUCUUGUGCCUGCAAUUUGUGCAGUUGCCGGAGUGGUUGUGACAUGCACCAUGAAGCUCGAGAGGCCCCGUUUAAGACCUUUGAAGGUGCCUCUCUUGCAAUAGCUCUCAUAAUUCUUCUUCUUCUUCUGGUGUUAAAGCUGAUUGAAGUUAUGAAUUUACGUCGAUUGAUACGAUCUUGAUUGGAAAUGAAGGGUGGAUUCUUGGAAAUGUGAGCUAUGAAAGCAAAGUAUAUGGAGUUGUGUAUUAAAUCGUCCAAGUUAUAUUGCAUUCAUGUAAAAUUUAUUUUUUCAAUUGGUUUUAUAUUGGAUAAAGGUUAUAUUAAC